AGUAGAUGUCAGUGUAUCAACAUAUACGUAUAUAACAAUACUAGUGGAUCCACUGGAGCGUGACGAUCGAUAGGCUACGUCACUGACCGUCGGGUUGCAGUGACAGGCUUAAGAGGGGAGUCGACAUCAGUCGUUACACCCUGCGAGCUGAAAACAUCGAGAUGGAACUCUUUGGUGUGGAGAUACGAAUAGUUUUUCGGAUUCUACUCUUCUCAUUUCUUGUACAAGUGUCCGUAUCGUCCAAUGUUGGGAAGACCAAUCCAUACAGAAGAUUCAAACGAAAUGCCAAUUGCGAUGCAAAAUUCCACCACAUCAGCAGCCAUACGGCCUGUAUCAGCGCUUCCGGCUCGGCGACAUCCACUGGUGUUUCUGCAAGUGAUCAGACCUCGAUAUUGAAUAGUCACAAUACAUUCCGCAGCAAUGUGUCACCCACGGCGACCAACAUGAGAACAAUGUCCUGGGAUGUUGAAGUAGCGAUGAUAGCUCAGAAGUGGGCGGAGAGCUGUCAGUUAAGUCACGACGAUGGUUACAGCCGUUAUAUUCCAGGGCGGUUUUCCGUGGGCCAGAACCUUGCCAUGGGCCAUGCAUCUUGGACCGUAGCAAUCACUGCAUGGCAUGACGAGGUGUCGGCCUUCACCUUGGGCGGAACCAACGUCUUCUCAGACGUCGGUCAUUAUACACAGAUGGUCUGGGCCGAGACGUCUAAACUGGGCUGUGGGUUUGCCGUCUGUAGUGGCACGAAUUUCUAUGUCUGUAACUACUCGCCGACUGGGAAUUUGGAUUACAAUAAUCCAUACAUAUCCGGAUCUUCGUGUUCAGCAUGUCCCUCUUCAUGUUCCAACAAUCAAUGCGAUUGUUCUGGCAAGGUGUGUCUCAAUGGCGCGUCCAUGGACAUUGACACGUGCCAAUGCACAUGCAACAAAGCCUACCUGGUUGGAAGCGAAUGUGCACUGAACUGUACCGGGUUGACAUCGGAUCCCUUUGGAUGUGGAAGUGGAGCAUUCAUAGCAUCUAACUGUCCAGUGUAUUCCAAUCUGCCUACGGACUGCCCGCUGAUGUGUCAAACUUGUCCACAUGGUGACGGUACUGGUGGAUCGGGUACCCAAACAUCGACAUCUAGCACGAGUACGCAACCCAUCUCGACAUCUAGCACAAGUACCCAACCCACCUCGACAUCUAGCACAAAUAACCAACCCAUCUCGACAUCUAGCACUGCGACUACCCAAUCCUCUUCUGGCACUUCCCAGUCGAAUGGAGACUCGACAACCGAUUCGAACACCGCCUCGCGCAGCCUCUGUGACGUCGUAGUCUGGCUUGGAGCCUGUAUGCUGUACUUUCUGGUAUAAGGAUACUUUCCUUUUUCGAUCCGAGGAAAAAAAGCAAAAAGAAGAUCAAGCUGGAGCUAUAUUUAUCAUUCAUUUGUACAAGAACUCGUUUCACCCAUAGGUCCUGACCUUUGUAAACUGACUAUCGAUACUGGCAUCUGACAUCGGAUUUUUCAACGUUUCACCCGUAUUUUUUCAAUUUGUGAAAGAGUUGUACUAAAAUAACAAGUGACAUAUGGAAAUAAUAUAUACUAAUUCAAUCUAAAAUCAGCAUGUACAACUUACCUCAAGUCCAUUUUUAUACAUUUCUGUAAACUUUACAACCAAUCAGAUACGUCAAAUGGUUUCACCUCAUUCCCUUUGAAGAUACCAUUUAUACAGUUGCAGACUAAUUUUUGUUCUCACUUUUAUCUCUUAAAUUGCUGGUUAGAUUUUUUUCUGUGAAUAUUUUCUAUCUGUUAAUUAGGGCGACUAUUCAUUUCUGAUUGUGUGGGCUCUGUUAGCACUUAUGAAAGAAUUAAUUGAGGUUUUGUCUGUUGUCCAAUAACAUUUUUUUAUUGUCUAUGAAUUGCUAUAAAAUAGAUUUACAAUCAUUUUCUACCGCUAUACACAAUCAGUCAACGCCAUACUUAUAUAACGAUUUGCGUUUUUAUGACAGGACUUUCAUAUUUUUUUUAUUGAAUACAAUUAAGAAAAAUAACAGUAUAUCAACCAAAACCAAUUCAAUACAAAUAUUUUGUUAGUAUUUCUUUCCUGAACCCCCCCCCUAUAUUCAAGAUAUAGUGAAUGAACAAUCAUGCAUUUGUUAUUUUGUACUUUUCCUCUUUAUACAGUAUACCUAUAACUGGCUUAUAACCUGACGGCCUUACAUAUAUCAGUAUACGUAUUGUUGUUAUUCUUUUCAACGUUGAAUUUUUUUGACGACGAAAAGAACAUGUAACCACAUACUUUUGUACAGUCUGUUUAAGAUUUAUAAACAUAUCUCAUGUGAAACAUGUUGUAAAAUAAAAAAAAUAAAAAAUAAAUGAUUUUGUUUCAUAUUCUUGAUUAGUUUAGGUACCUAUGAACACGUUUUGAACAUUCCGUUUUAUCUUUCUGGAGAAGAAGAUAUAUCUGUGUUGUAACAAGCAUAUAUACAAUAUCACGCUGUUAUCAUGUUAUAUUUUAUUUUAUGACACAUGCAAUAUAUUCUGUUAAUGUAUAGGUACUUUUUAUGAAAAUAGUACUUACUGUUAGUAACAAUGCACCUCUAUAAUAAUAUAUAACAAUAUGCAGAAUAAUUAUCAGACUUUAUUCUGGUCUAUACUUGUAUUUGAGUGAAAUAGUUUUUUAACGAUCAGUAAUAUAGCCUGUUGAUAUUGAUAUCUCAAUACCAUUUAUAAGUUUCACAAGCUCAAAUCUAAAUCAAAAUAUAUUUAGUGUCAACAGUGUGCCAAGCUGUACCAAUUAGAUCAAUAGAUUGACGUCUCUCAUGACCCCGCCAUUCACAUUCACCUUUCGAAUGCCUUUUCCUGUUAACGUUUAUAUACUAUCCAAUUCAUUAAAACGCAUCUGCGAUCCUCUUUUUUUAUACAAUAUGUUUGAACUACAAACAUAACCAGUACUAGAAGUCAUUGUUUCCGCUUUGUUUCGGUCAACUUCGUUCUGUGUUACCGUAAGCAAUUGUCACGUGACUGUUAAUUGUCAUGACUGAUAAUUGUCACAUGACUGUUGAUUGAAGAACUUGUUUUUAUAUAGGUAUAUUUUCACUUUCAAUAUGUAUAUCGUUUUUUUCUCAACAAUUUUAGCAAAAUAUGUGAAAUCUUUUAUAAAGUCAUUUAUUGUGUAUAUCUACUAGCUUGUAAUUUACUAUCUAUUAAUUGUAUGUGUUUUAUUUUAAUUGUAUAUGCAUUCUAUAUUAAUUGGAUAUGUAUAGUGUUUGUUUUACUAUACAUGUCCUUUAUACUAGUAUUGUAAAGUGCUUUGGAGCUGCUAGAUAUGGCGCUUUACAAACGACUAUUAUUAUUAUGUAUUAUCAUUGAAAGGUCUGGUUAAUGUACAUGCCAAUACAAGUAAAGAUUUCAAUAAUUUGUUCCACAUUAAGUCUGUGCGUGUGUCUAAAUGAUAAGUAGUAGAUGUAGUUAAACAUAUAUUGGUGUUUCGUUAACGUCUACUAGACGUCAUUUUCUAUGAAAUCCUAUCAGUGUAAUCAACAACACGUACCAUUGUUACAGUUGUACUGUAUCGUAAUUACUAGAAAACUAACUCGUGACAACGGAAAAUUAGUAGUUUUUUUCUGGCGAGAACUAGCUUUUCUUUCAUGUUUACGGUAUUAUUGGAAAAAAUAAAAUUGCACAUUUUAUCAUAGUUAACGUUCACGUUUUAUCUUCCACUUAUGCAAAUUCGUAAGCUUGAACUUUGUGUAGAGAAUAUUACUGCAAUAAAAUAAAAGCUCUUGAAAUAAAAAAAAAUUCUGUGAUACAAAUUUAGCACAAUGAUACUCGCUACAACUUUAUUUUCCAAAUUAUUAUCAUGUCAACCCAACUUAUAUUAAAAUGAAAGGAAUCUUCUAAAUAUUUAACACGGUACUUUUAACAAAGUUAGUAGAUUUAUACAAAAACUAAUGAAGCUACUUAAUAUCAAAAAAAGUUAGUACAAGAAUUGUUGGAAUAGGUUGUAAUUAUAGAUAUUGCAUUAUAUAUGUCAUAGUAUGUGUGUAAUAUGUCCAUCAAUGCAUUCUAUGUAAUAUUUGAGCUCGUGUUACGCACGUUUACGUGUGGCGUGAGUGUAAAAUAAAUCUUUAAUAUUGAAAACCUAUAAAACACAUUAAUUUCCAGAGACUAAGUGACAAUUCUAGAUUUUGGAUCUGGAAUGAAGUUAGUUAAUCUAAUCAAAAUUAAGUUCGGUAUUUUCUUCCUUAAGCCAUCCAGGUAAUAUAUAUAUAAAGCACACAAAGACAUUCGUUAACCAGGCUACAUAUUAUAUUCAUAUAUAUAUAUAUAUAAACAGAUAAUAAAUGGAGAAUAAUUCUUUAGUCUAUGCUUGAUUUACUUACGAUUAAUCAUUCGUUGUGUAUUUUAUGAUAAUGUUUAGAAUCUCACUACUAUUUUGGCCAUGUAAUGCUUUAUUAUAUAAAUGGUAAUUUGCAGUAUAGGAAGAUUGAUAGAUUGGUAAAAAAGCGAUUCCAAGCGCUGUCCAUACAUCAUAACCAAUAUAAGUGAAUGUGUAUAAAAGCAUCAAUAACUUGGUCGGAGCGUACCAUUCUGAGCGAUUUGUUUGAUAUCUCGGACAAGGAUACAUUGAUGCCUAUAUACAUUGUACCAUGCUCUUGUAAAGGGGAUCUAAAAAAUAUGCAGCAUUCCUUUUUUCAUAUUUAUGUUCUAAUCUUAUUAAAACAUAUUAUAUUUUUAAUGAACUAAAAAGUUGACUUUACAGCAGUUUUUAAGAAUUCAAAAAUUAAGUUUCAUGAUUUCAACCAAAACAUAAUUUCAUUUUACUUUAUUGAAUCGUAAGACGAAUUUCGUUUUGUGUUAUCCUUGUGUAAUAUUAAUUAUUAUUUUAAAUGAUUACAUGAUUGACGUAUUAAAUUUGUUCACAAAAACCUUUCGGAACAUCACCUGGAUUCAAUCGUAGUGAUGAUAUAAUAGUUAAAUUGGCUGACGAUCAAGUGUAUCUGUAUGUGUAGCUAUAACGAUUAUCAAAUGUAUUUGGAUGGCAGUAAAUAAAAUCGCAAUUUACCAUUGCA